AGGUGGGUUCGCAUUACGUGGGAAAGUUGUCGUAGUAAGUGUGCCACGUCUGCUGGGAAGCGGUAGUCAUGAACUUGCCAAAGGCCGUUGUCUUGAAGCCUUCAAAUACUUUCUUAGUUCUAUGAGGUCGGGGGCCCUUUCUCUGUUUUUGUAGGAACUUUCCUGCGCCAGCAGCAUGAGGCUUUUUUUGUGGAACGCGGUGCUGACGUUGUUGGUCACUUCUUUAAGUGGGGCUCUGAUCCCUGAACCAGAAGUGAAGAUUGAGGUGCUCCAGAAGCCGUUCAUCUGCCAUCGCAAGACCAAAGGGGGAGAUUUGAUGUUGGUCCACUAUGAAGGGUACUUAGAAAAGGAUGGCUCCUUAUUUCACUCCACUCACAAACAUAACAAUGGUCAGCCCAUUUGGUUUACCUUGGGCAUCCUGGAGGCUCUCAAAGGUUGGGACCAGGGCUUGAAGGGAAUGUGUGUAGGAGAGAAGAGAAAGCUCACCAUUCCUCCUGCCCUGGGCUAUGGAAAAGAAGGAAAAGGUAAAAUUCCCCCAGAGAGUACACUGAUAUUCAACAUUGAUCUCUUGGAGAUUCGAAAUGGACCAAGAUCCCAUGAGUCAUUCCAAGAAAUGGAUCUUAAUGAUGACUGGAAACUCUCUAAAGAUGAGGUUAAAGUGUAUUUAAAGAAGGAGUUUGAAAAGCAUGGUGCAGUGGUGAAUGAAAGUCAUCAUGAUGUUUUGGUGGAGGAUAUUUUUGAUAAAGAAGAUGAAGACAAAGAUGGAUUUAUAUCUGCCAGAGAAUUUACAUAUAAGCAUGAUGAGUUAUAAAGAUACAUCUGCCCAUUUUAUAUGGCAUCCAUCCUUAAAGACAGGGCAACCAUUUUAAAAGAAGGUCUUAUUUUUAAAUAAUGUGCUGUUCCUGU